AUGUCUUCGUUGCCACCCGACCCGUACAAGACCUUAGGCGUCUCCAAAGAUGCCCAGCUAUCCGAAAUCCGAAGCGCCCACCGGAAGCUCAUCCUCAAGUGUCACCCCGACAAGGUCCAGGACCCGACGCUCAAGGCCCAGAAGCAGGACGAGUUUCAAAAAGUCCAGCAGGCGUACGAGCUGUUGAGUGAUGAGAACGAGCGGGCCAAGUACGAUGACAACGUCAAGCUGGCCGAGCUCCGCAAGGAGAUGGCCAAGGGCAUGUCAGCCAACACGUCUGCACCUCGCGCUCCCAGGACAUAUGAGGUGCGCACUGCCGAACCCCGACCCGAUACAUUCACCAAGACGACGUACCGCCCGUCACCCGGUACCAAGAUGUACUCCCAAUACAACUCCCGGUCAUGGGAUGAGGAGAUCCACAGCCGAUCAAAUUCCAUAUUUGAGGAGCCGCGCGCCCGCCGGGCCACCAGCUACGAGAAGCCAUCCAGGGACCGACAAGACGACGACAUUAGAGACCGCGAGCGGGAACGCCGGCGCAGGGAAGACAGGGAUAGGGAGCGCGAGGAGCUCGCACGCGCCGCAGACCGCCGGGAAAGGGAAAGAGAAAAGGAACGACAGGCGGACAAGAAGGUCGCAGAGAGGGCCGCCAAGCGCGCCGCGGAAGAAAAGGAGGCCCGACGACAAGAACGCAAGCGUCAGGAAAAGGCGGAUAAGGAGCGCGAGAAAGAGCGCAGACGCGAUGCCGAAGAAAAAUCGCGGAGACACAAGCAGCCGGUCUACAUGGAGUCGUUUGACGACGAACCGACAUACAUCGCCAAGUCCGACAAGAAGAAAUCGAGCAGCAGCAGCACUACCAAGGAGAAGAAGGAAGAUAAGCGUUCCCGCUCGAUCCCGCGAGACGGUGUUCCUCUCCGGGACGACCUGCCCGUGCCGCCCGUACCGCUUCCGCCGCCCGACCACAAGACCAAGAUGACAGGAGCUAUGCUCUUUGCUGCCACUUACAUGGACCAGUCCCGCAAGACCGGCGCCGUUAACCCUCACCCGGGCCUGAACCGCUCCCAAACACACGACGUGCGCUAUGCGCCCCCGGUGCCGACGCCGCCGGCCGCGGCGCCCUACGUCGUACCUCCGCCUCCCAUCCCCGCCGAGGAGGAUUCGAGUCGCAGGUCCAAGUCGCGUCGCUCGUCCGAGACCAAGACGCGCGAAAAGUCGAGCCAUAAGAAGUCAUCGCCGACCAAAGAGCCGCCCAUGGCCGUGCCGCCGUCGCCCAACGUCGUCGAUGCUUCACCCAGCAGUCGUCAAAUGCCCCAGUUUGUCUCAUCAGCUUCAUCGCCCAUAUCCACCUCGCCGCCCAAGGCCCCUCUCAGGUCGGCCACCUUCAACGACGGUUCCUUCAGCCGCCCGCCGCCCGGCAUCAUCAGGGCGCAGACUUUCUCCCACGUCCCCGCCGACCCAGAACUGCGGAGCAGCGGUCGCGGCCGUUCAAGGAUGCAGCCGCAGAUCCUGAGCGAAGACUCGGAAUCCGACGACGACCGUCGUCCCCACAGGAGUCACCGGCACAGGACUCACUCUCCCGAGCCGGUGCCUGCGGAUUACGGCCAGCGAACUCGGUACUCGGUCAGUGGAGGCCGUACCGUCCCGAUCUUGGCCGAAUCCGUCUACCCUCCGAUGUAUCACGAGGAGUCCUCGCCCUCCUCCAGGAAGCACAGCAAGACCGCCUACUACGAACGCCCUUCCAUGCCGUCCAGGGAAGCGAGCUACACGAACUCUGCCUACUUCUCCAAGGUCAAGACGGCGAGAUACGAACCCGUGCAGUACUCCGACCUCCCCCACGGAUACCGCGACGAGUACAACGUAGGGUAUGCUUAG